CUGUCCACAAUGUGAAAAAGGAGAUCAAAUCCGAAAAGAAAAGAAAUUCAACAAAUUUGUAAAAAAAGUAUGUCAUAUAAACUAAGCAGCGUGUUGCGUGGCCAUGAGCUAGACGUUAGAGCUGUUUGUCCUGCAGUUUUUCCUGAAGGAGGAAUUAUAACAGCGUCACGGGACAGAACUGCUCGCCUGUGGGUUCCUUGUGGAGACAAACUUGGUUUUGAAGAGGGCCAUGUUCUUAGUGGUCACAGUAAUUUUAUUUCUGCGGUUUGUACGAUUCCUCCCACGGACAAAUUCCAGCAGGGUAUGUUAAUCUUGGUAUAUAAGUAGUUCACGCACUGCUUACAGUCUGCGAACAUAGUUAAUAGAGUGGAAUGGCUGUUAAUAUUGAACAUAGGAAAAAGUUAAGCUUAAUGUUAAAAGGAAUUUUAACAUAUCACCGGCAAUUUCGUAGAACAAUGUGAGGUUCGACAAAAAUAAAGGAAAAGUACUUAGUGAUAUUAUGUUUUUUGUGUAUAAUCUAACAGGAGAGGGUUUUUUCAAUAUGGCUGAAUAAAUUAGACAGUACAUAGUGAAACCUGGGUGAUUUUCUACUGACAUUGUUAUAGAAAUUAUGUAUGAUUAGGAAAGGUAAGCUUAGUGAUAGGUAGAGUAUUAAGUGAUGGAUGGGUUAAGUCUCCUCUGGAAAAAUAUUCUAUGUUUGAGUACCCUUGGUUAAUGAAUUAUGAUCAGGGCUAUCACUUAGUUAGGGUGAGAGGCUGGGAAUUUCCCCUGGCUUCUACAGUUGUAUGGCAUGCCCCCCCCACUACUUUAAUAGGAAACAAAAGGAAAACAGAACGAACACAACUUCUUAGCCGUUCAAUUCCACACUGCAAUUUUUUUUUACCUGGCCGAGUUUAUUGCAAAAUGAAAACAAAAUACCAACGUGCCCAUACAUCGCAUGUCAUUGAAAACAUUUCAGACAGCUCAACAAAUCAUUCUAAGUUUCAAUCUGGUAGCAAAAAGCCUCGGGAAAUUUCAAAGGAGGUUCAAAUGAUUAAACUGCAAAAAUAUGCAUCUACAAAGUGAAACUGAAUCAACAGUAAUUUUGUAGCUGGACUGGUAAGAGAAAUGAUCAUUCUGAUUUCCCCCCUAAAUACAUGACUUGAGGGUGAGAGAUCGUCGUUCGGCGCUUCACAGAUUUCAGCCAAAGAUGAAAGUCGCCAAUUACAUACAGUCUACGUAUAAAAUUUUAUGCUCAGUUUCCAAAAUUUUGUGUGUAUUUUUUUGACACGCCUGUUUUGUGCUUGUAUUUCUUUUGUAAUUUGCGUGCAAUAUGGGGGAUUUACAGGCAAGAAACACGCAUGUAAUGCUGCAAUUCCCAUGGCCUGUGCUGUACUUAUUGUAUGCAUGUAUACCCCGCACUUUGAAAACUUAGUGAGGGCCCUGAUGAUAGAACACCAUUUUGAUGUUAUAAGAAAUAGUGUAAGCAACAUUACAGAGAAUUUUGAUAAAAAUAAUAUUUUAAUACUUAUUUGUCCAAGUUAAUGGGUGGAUAUGAUCAAACUUACAACUGAAGGGGUUAUGGAAAACCUUCAUGCUCACCAUAUCUACUACGGCAUAAUAAUUAUAAAACCGGCCCAUACUGUGUCAAUGAAUAACCCCAAUCACCAACAACCUUAGUGCUAUCUUAAACAGUCAUAGAAAAUUGAAACAAUCAUUCCAUGGUCCAUCAAUAGAGAGUUUAAGAUACAACAACAGUGACAGUGGCAAGAAUGUCUCUUAAAAAUGACUUCAUGCUCUUUGAAACUUCAGUGUAAAAAAAAAUUAUCCCAACUCACUUUGUGAAGUUUAGGCAAACUCUCCUGGAGUUGAAUUCUUAAGGAAAUAUGCAAGUUCAAAAAGAGAAGAGAAAGUUGUUGUCGUUUGUUUAUUGCUUUUAGGAUGUUUCCUCUGCUGUCGGCUUUGUGAGAUCUUAAAAUCCCUAAAAUCAAGUGAUUCUUGUGACACCUACUAAAAAACAGACGUUUUAAUCCCCAUGUGUUUUUUCUGUGGUUCUGUUUACGAUCUGGCAUUGUGUAGUGCUACAUGUACUAAAUAAAUUAUUUUCCCAGGGCUCAUAGUUACUGGUGGUCAUGACAAUCUUAUUCUUGUGUGGACUUUGGAUACUCUUGGUAAGUUUUAUAAAAACGUUGUUUGUUUGUUUGCCAAAGUUCACUUAAUUAAGGCAGGAGUAGUUUACCGUGAACGGUGAUGCAACCCCCCCCCAAGGGGUACCCCCUUAUUUGGCCAAGGUGCGUAUGUGCCAAUAAACAGGGUACAUUGUAUGGUUAUGACUCUUAAACAGGGUAUACAGUCUCUGUGCAAACUAUUAAUUUUUGUGUCUUGAACACGGUGUCUUUUUGAACCGGAGGCCUUAUAAAGAGCGUGAAGGUUGGCAAUGCAGGAUCUAAAUGAGUGGUAGCCACAAUAUAUUGCAAAAAACUCUAAUUCAAUGAUGUUAGUGCAAAAGGAAAUGAAUCAGACUUUUGAAAGGAGGUCUCUUGACUUAUAAAGAGCGUGAAGGUUGGCAAUGCAGGAUCUAAAUGAGUGGUAGCCACAAUAUAUUGCAAAAAACUCUAAUUCAAUGAUGUUAGUGCAAAAGGAAAUGAAUCAGACUUUUGAAAGGAGGUCUCUUGCCUUAGACAGGGUAGUGAAACUGAACAUUUUUUGUGUUAAUUAGGCUGAGGGUUUGAAGGGCUUGGCGGUGCACCUCUACAGAAACUUCCCUUGAGUGCUCCCCCCCCCCCCUCCACAGGAUGCAACCUCAGGGACUGCACUUUUGGAUUUUUCUUUCUCUUAGAAGAGACAUGAAUUAGAUAAUUACAUUAAAUUUGUACUGGAAAAAAUCUAUGAUGCAUUUUCUUUUACCCCCAAAAGUCCUGGGCACAGUCUAUACAAGUUAACCUGUUGUAGGUAAAAUCUGUUCUCAUGUUAAAUGAUUAUGACUUAAGUCUAGGAAGCAGUGAAAAUUCCUAAUGAAAUUAGGCUCAUUAUUGGUUUAGCCUGAAAACAGCGUUUGCCUACAACAUACCCUGACAAACACAGUAACCCUUAAAUCCCAAAGUUUGAUGUCAACCCAUGUAUCUUUUGCAACCCCCAAUUUUUUUGAUCGAAAAAUUCUUCGGGGCCUUCUUAAGGAGAUUACUCAGUGUUAUCCCGUGAGAAUGCAAUAACAGUUAUUACAGUGGAACCCUGCCUUACAACCACCCUGUUAAUACCACCACCUCGUUAUCACAACCAUAUUCUUUUGACCCUAACUUUAGAAACACUGGUCAUUUUAUUAUUUUGAAGAUAUGGUUAAUUAUUACAAACAAGUUUUUAUCCCCAACAGUGGUCACAUCAACAGGGUUGCACUGCAUAUUAAAGCAUAUUUAUACUAACUGACAACUUGUUGUUCAAAAUGGCUUACAAGAAAACAAGGAAAUGGAAAAAAAUUUAAAUUUAAUUUCUACAAUGCUUCUGAUGUCUGUUUAAAGAAGAAAGGUGCUUGCAGUCCACUUUUUUCAAAUCAUUAAUUAGCACAAAAAUAUUCGAAUUCUAAAUGGCUGAUAAACAGCAAAGUUAAGAGAUUAUAUGCAAGCUGCUGAAAUAAUUAAAAAAAUGGAUUGGUGUGUUUACUCAUUUUAUCUCACUUCCACAAAAAACCAGCUCCAAAAAUCUCACUGAAAGGCUGGUUAUUAAUGUAAGAAAACAUCUUUCAUUCCUGCAGAACCAGUGCACAGAUUAGAAGGUCACACCGGAGCUGUUUGUUCCUUGAUUGCUGGAAAGUUUGGGACACUUCUUUCUGGAUCUUGGGACAAGUAGGAAAUAAGACUUUUUUUUUUACAAUCUUUAGCUAAUUUACACAGUAGUCUUGUGCUUUGCUUAGUUUACUACAUAACUAUGUAGUCUGAAAUGUUAGCUGUGUCCACCCCCUAACCCAUUAAGCGCACCUCCUACGGGUUAGGGGGGGAGGGAGACAGCUGACAUUUCAGACUACAUAAUAAAUUAUGGUUCGCUCCUUUGUUGUUUGGGAUAAUGUGAUUUUCAAGGAGUUAAUAGUAUUAUGUACUAAUAAUAAUUUUUCAGAUGGAUACAGUAAUAUCAUUUGAGGCCAGUUGUAAAAAAUCAUAUACUGUCAGUACUGUAUGUUAACAGAGAGACCAUACUUUUAUGAGUAACGUGCAUUUUUUCUCAAACAAGGAGUUUAAUAAUGUUAGUAGGCAUUAAGAAGGACAUGGUGGCUUGUACGUGUACAUGUGUAUAUUCCGCUGAGCAUUCACGUUGCAUUUAUUUUAUUUUUUAUUUGUUUUAUGCUGCAACGCGGUUUUUUGAGAAUUAAUAUGACUGUAAAGUCUGCCGGGCCCUUAUUUGAUUGUGUCCCUUCUUCUUUUGCAUGUUUAUUUUACAGAACAGCGUGUGUGUGGAUAGGAAGCAAAUGUAUGAUGAAACUUCAAGGUCAUGAAGCUGCUGUUUGGGCUGUUCAAAUGAUGCCAGAGCAUGGCCUGAUGCUUACAGGUACAUUAAUUGUACACAUCACAGCAGUACCACUGCUUGACAAACCUUAAUAUCGUCGAUGUGCAGUAGGCACUGUUCACAUGGCAGCAGAUGCAUUAGUUUAUUUUAUUAACAAAGAAAUUUUCUUGACCUACAUAAUAUGUGAAGUUACCUUCGGGAGGUCUAAACAAAAAAGGGUGAAGAGUUAAGCAAAAAAGGUUUCAACUGAGGUGUUCCCUUAUGAAAGGCAGCAGAUUGAGGUUUCGACUGCAAAUUUGUCUUUCUUUGCCAGGUUCUGCUGAUAAGACAAUAAAAAUGUGGAAAGCUGGAACAUGUCAGAGGACCUUCACUGGACACACGGACUGUGUUAGAAGCCUGGCUAUACUCUCUGCUGUUGAGUUCUUAUCAUCUUCUAACGAUAGGUACAUGUACAUUUAGCUUACAUUUUUCAAGUAUAGUAUAAGCCCACCCUAAGUCAGCCAGCUAAAAUUUGUCGUAUUGCAAAUUGUUUUUUACAUGAUUUAACAUUUUUAUGACCAGAUUCCUAGAAAACUAGUUGGUUACAUAUGGUAUACAGAUGAUGAUCAAUGUCCAACUGAGCUCAACCUGCCAUGCAUUUUGUCAUGAUUUUAAUUGCAGUGGUUAUGAGAAUUGGAUUACCCUGUCAGCUACUUUAGCAGCUACAUGUCCUAUAAAAGAGUCUCUCAAACUCCUUUGUUGAGGUGCUGGUUAUAGGUUUUGAGGUGUUUAACUAUAAGUUGAAACUCAACACCUGAGCCUGAAUUCUUGAAACCUUAAAGGAAUCAUUUUUAUGGGUACACUGUAAUGUUGUGAGUUAGCUGAGUAGUCUCUCAACUUACCUUAAAGUAGUACUGGGACAUAGUCAAACAUGUACACCAUACAUUUGUAUUAACAUGGUUGUAGAUAUCAUACAGAUAAUUGUCCACUUGUUGGCUGUCCACUGUAAAUAAUAUUAUUAAUUUUCUAAUAAUUGCAUGUAGCACCAUUCGAAGAUGGAUGAGCACGGGAGAAUGUCUUCAAGUGUAUACAGGGCAUACUAGCUUUAUUUACAGGUACGAGAAGGGUUAUAUACCAUUUUAGGUAACUUCCAACUAGAAAAAUGGUAAGCAUAAUGUUGUGAUCUGACAUAUCAAGGCCAGUCUUGAGCCAUCUCACUCUUCAGGUUAUUAGUACAGAGCAAGGUCAUCUAUUAACUGUUCGAUAUCUCCUUUUCUAACAGACUGUGGUGUUAGUUAGUUACACUGUGGACUUGAAGUUAAAGGAAGUUAAAGCCCUGUCAUAACAUUGAUCAUUUGCUCAGACAAGAAACUUUGCUUCACUUUGUUCCUGUCACCCUGAGCUGUAUAAAUCGCUACUGGCGAUGUACGUUUGUGGAUGGAUGGCACUCUAUCCAGGGGUGAAGUAGCAAUACGUCUAAGUGCUUCGUGCUACUGAAACAGUGAUAAGCUCAUGUUCACUUGACUGAGUUUGGGGAAAAUUUUGACGGGGAGCUGACAGUGCGAGCUCAGGAGAAGAAUGUGGUUUCUCCCCCCUGCUGGUGCUUCACUGCCAAAAUGUUCUCUGAACUCACAUAACUGAGCAUGCAUACAGGCUAUGAUGAGCUGUGGCCAUAUUGGCCUCACUGGCCCUAAUAAAGCCUUUACCUAUUUUUACAUGAUUGUAUUUCACGUGUUUUCUGUCUUCUUUCAUUAGUAUUGCAGCUCUUCCUGAUGAAGGUGGCAAUUUUGUUUCUGUUGGAGAAGACAGAACAUUACGAAUAUGGAAAGGUAUAAUUAUCAUCCUCAGUUGGAAUUUGUGUUUCACUGUAAAGUCAGACAUGGACAAAUUGAUUGUCUUUUCGACUUUGAAUUUCAGUCACCGGUAGCUUGAAAUCGGUCUUGAAAUAGUUUGACUAGCCAAAUGGUAUCCUUUGACUGGAUUAAGAUUUCGAUUUCGAUUCGUCAAUUUUUGGCCUGUUAACCGCAAUAGCGUGAAGACAGGUACUGCAGCCCCGUGAGAGCUUGACCACACCAUCGGGGUCUCUACGCUUACAUCGGAUUAUUUAGCAUCCAAUGACGCGAUCGUCAGAAGUAUCAUGUUUCCACCUUUUUUAUAGGCGUAUUAGCAGGCGUUUCUUGAGGGAUACUAUUCUUAAUGAGACUUGAUGCUUGUUUUUGUAAGACCCUGGUUUUGCCGGUGUUUGAACCAGCGACCUCCCGCUCGGCAGACGGGCGAGCGCUCUUCCAACCGAGCACUACAUUAGUACGUUAGUACAUUGUUCAUCCAAUCAUAGCUCAUCAUACCUUCACUUCAUUGCUUAACUGUUUGCUGUUAUUUUUACAAAAUUGUAUGUUAUUACCAUCAGAUGGAGAUUGUUCCCAAGUAAUCAGAUUACCAGCGCAGUCAGUGUGGAGUGUAACAUGUUUAAAUAACGGAGAUAUUGUUACUGGAUCAAGGUAAGAUUCAUUACCACCUUCUCACGUUCCAACAGUCUCCAACCUCACAGAAUAUUCAGACUAAAAAGAAAGGUUUCUUCCUCGGCUUUCUCAGGCUGCAAACACCCCAAUGUCUUGUUACACUAAUCACUUUUUCAUGCAAUUGACUUGUCUCGCAACUUUGUGCGAGACGUUUCAGGGACACCCAACGACCGUUUCCUUCUAAAUACAUUGAAAACACUUUUUAAUUUCUCAAUAGCACUUUUAGAUCUCUAUGUAUUCUUAGAGGCGCUAUAAAAUUUGUAUCUGUUCAGUCAUCCUAGAGCAACUUGAGUCUUUUCGAAAUUACAAGGGCGUCGUUAUUAUUUUUCCGAAAAUUUUAGAUGCAAUUUCACGUAUUACGAAAGUGAGAAUUUUUCUGUUUUCUCUCUCCAUCACAUUUUUGAAUCCGAAAAUUUUAGGUUUCCUUUUUUCCACGAAAAAAGAUUAACGUGGUGGGUGAAAUGUGAAAAAUUAAAUCUUAGAAAAUCGUAGGCAAAUUUAUUAUAGAUAAGCUUCGAAAACUUAUAAAUGGAACGGUCAUCUAGAAAUUUUUAGCUGUCCUCAAGCUAAAGAAAAUUCUAGGCAAUAUUUGCUUCUCCGAACAGAUAUUUUAAAGAAAACAAUCGUUCGGUGCACCUGACGCAACGUUCAAUGCAACCGGAUAAAACAAAUGCUGCAGUACAGCGUUCAAAGAAAGUAGUGUCCAAUAGCCCGGGGCUAGUGGAUUUUGCUAUCGGGCUAGUGAGUUCUGUUAUUAACUUGCCCGACGGGCAAGUGAAGUUUUUUGAGGAAUUCAAAUUACAGAAGUACUGUCAAAUCAAUCUGCUCAUCAAAAACAUUUUUGGGGCUAGUUGAAAUGAUGUUUGGGCUAGUAAAUGUUAGCUUCAAGCUUGCCCGAAUGGCAAGCUGUAAAAAUGACUUUCUUUGCACCCUGCAGUAUUUCCUCAAUUGUUGAGGAAGUAGUACUUGUUUCUGCUUUGUGCUAUACUCGAUGUAACUUGUGUCACAACAAAAUUGUGAGACAAGUUUGGGGCAAAGAUACUUUGUAUGACAGGACAUUCAAGUGUAGCCUGUGAUUAUUUCCUACCCCUCUAUUUCACAAAAUGACAUCUUACACAUGAAAUUUUCAGAAUUUUACCUGUAUUUUCACAAUUCUUGUGAAAUUUGACAUUUAUUUCCUCUGGCUCCCGUGAGAGAUAGUCUUUCGUGUUAUUACAGAUAAUAAAUUAUAUCUAACCCCUUGAAAAAUGUAACAAAGAAUGCAGUAUUGUUUUUGGUAUUAGGUUUUUGUCCACUGAAAGUUGAAAUUACUCAAUUUCCUGAUGGAUUCCGUCUUAAUUUUGUUGUAGUGAUGGUAUUGCUCGUGUUUUCACUGCAUCUGCAGAAAGAGUGGCAUCUGCUGAGGAACUUCAGGUCUGUCUAUGCUCAUCCGUCCCUUCACGUAAUUUUCAUUUUUAAAUCUUAAAAGCCAAUUUGAUUGAUUCAGUUGAUUGAUUCAGGCCGCUACGACAUAUGUGCAUUUUUUUCUUUCUCUUUUUUUAAGACAUGUACAAAAUUUUGUUUGAAUUCACAAAAGAGGAAAAGGGCAUUUCUUAAAGGACGAAUUCCCCAUUAUUGUAUGAGUAUAAUUGUUAAUGAGUUAAAAAAAAUUGAGCCCAGCGAAUCCUCCAGUGGGAUAGAAGGUCCUUUACUAAGUUCAUAUGUGACGCGAGUCCUGUCCCGACGGUGUCCAAAGUACGGGUUAGUACAUGUAAGUAGGGACAGGAUUGCUUAAUUUACGUUUCAUAGUUUUGUUAUGUUUACCAUUGUACACCCCGCCUGGAAACCAGCUUUUGUAGUGCGUGGUUAGCGUUGUAAAAUAAAUGUGUUGACUUGUUGACUUGUACGAGUGUAUGAGAAGGAAAAUCUGAGCGUCCCAUUGGAAUGCUUGAAACAGGCGAUUUAGCCUAGUCUUUUAAUGAUUUUUUUUGUUUGGGUCUGGUCAUAGUUGUUUGAUGCUGAAGUUGCAAGCCACGCUAUUCCAGCAGAGGCAGCCAGGUAAAGAACUACCCAUUAAGAAAACUCGUUUAAGUUUUAAACACAAUCUUACUUCAGUUAGUUACUGCAGGUUUUUCUUUGUUCCCUCCGGUUUGCUGUGUGAGGGAAUGCGGAGGACGCAGAAAUUAUCAAGCCUACAGUAUUGUCCAUUUCCAGGUCGAUGAAUAGCAUGUGGUCUUCCGCCCAUCUCCUCCUAUUUUAUUUGAGGAGACGGGGAGCCCCCCGGGGUACUCCCUUAUAUGACCUAUACGGGGAUGUGCCGCCGAACAGGGUAUGGUUUUUGACCUCUCUGUCCUAAACAGGGUAUAUAAUUUUGUGUGAGUCCGUUCUUAACAGGGUAUAUAAUUUCGUGCUGGGGGAGUCUGUCAUCAGGGUAUUGUCUGCACGAUUAAUUGAUUUGAUUUGAACAAAAGCAAUGACUGUAAGGUGAAUUUGCUCCAUUGCAAUUGCCAAUAAAUUGCUUUAGAACAAGACAGCGUGCAUCUUGUCCUUUUUCAUAAACAGGGUAAUAAAUUGAGGGUGUUGUCGUAAAGAGGGUAUGUAUUUUAGGAAUUUUUUGGUCCUAAAAGGGGUUUGGGUUUCAAACCCCCAGCGGCUCACCUAUACCCAAAUUUUGGUCAAGUAACCGGGGGGGCAUAAACACAGGCCAUUUGAUGAAAGGAGAUGAGACAGUUUUCACAAGAACCACACAUUAAAUUUCAUUCCACUUGACAUGUCUGCUAUCCAACACAAAUACAAAGGGAACAUCAAUCAUAAUUUAUCUCUUACUUAUUUCUUUGGAUUUGUUCUUCAAGUAUUCAGUUGAUUCUAACAGUAAAUAUUUGUGGUUUUUGUUUUAGUGGCCAGUUGGGUGAUGUUAAACUCGAGGAUCUUCCUGGACCAGAAGCUCUCCUUAGGCCAGGUGAACGUCAAGCGAAACUUACAAAAAAUUUCAUUCUGCUUACAGGCGUCUUUCCUGUAGAAUUAAUUUCGUCUCUGUGCCACACGUAAACAUUGAAACUAAAAUGAAGAACAUUUCUGUGCUGGUUUUAUACCUUACACGCGAGUUUAGCAUAAACCCAGUAAUGCUUUCGUGGCAAUCAAGAGAUAGAUUUAUGGUUUCUUGUUUUUUUUUCCUUAAACGGCCGUCACAUUAGGGCCAUUUAUACGAGGAAAAAUAAGACGCGUCUUACAUAAGACGCGAACUUUCCGUAUAAACGGCACAUUUCGUCUAAAAUAAGACGCGGCUUAGCUAAGACGCGUCUUAUUAGAUAAGACAUGCUCGUAUAAAUGGUACAGUUCGCGUCUUAUUUAAGACUCGUCUUAUGUAAGACGCGUCUUAUUUUUCCUCGUAUAAAUGGCCCUAUUGUUUUGUUGAAGGUUCAAUGUUAAAUCAACUUUUAAUAAUGUAGAGAGUAUGUUGGUCUUUAGCAGUAAAACAAGGUCAUUUGGUAUAACCUUUCAAAGUUUUGUCAAUCUCUUAUAAACCGUUUCUUUUUGUGAUUAUCUUAGGGAACGACAGUGGACAAACAAAACUGAUCAGAAGGGGAAAUAUCAUUGAAUGUCAUCAGGUGAGAACUCAUUUGACUACACGAUGGUAACUUAAACACAAAAACCUUUCAUUACUCAACUGUGAUGGUCUAAAAAGGUUACUGUGACAAAAGUGUCUUGCUGCAUGGGUGGCAGCCUGCGAAAGAGUGGUAGAAGAGAGGGAGCUUCCCACCCUUCUAUCCCUAGUCCCCCUCUUUUUUUUCGCUUCCUUUAUUUUUCGCCCCUGCUCCACUAUCUGAACGCAUGGAACAUUCUACAUUGGUGGGGAGCGCAGCUCAUAAUUUUGUCAACUGAAUUAAUGAAAUGAGUUCGCUGGUUUAUGUGUUCCAUGCCGGCCAGCAUAAACAUGAGCAUAAACACUUGUACACUGGUAGAGAAUCACCUUGUGCGUAUGCUAGUACAUCUUACUCAAAAUGCUGGUAAAUUUUGUCAUUGUCAGUUUUGUCUGUGUGAUAAUUUGUCCUAAAUGCUUCUUUUCAAGUAAAGAGUUCUUUUGAAUUCUCCAAAUGUAAUGUAAUGUAAUGCAAAGAGGGCUAAUUAACACCAAAAGAUUAGCAUGCAAAGUCAGAGAUAGGUAUCUAAAUGCCUUGAUAGUUCCAUUUUGCCCACUGUAAAAGAAAAUUGAUAGCAUUCCUUAACUAAGUAGUGAAAUCAUUGCCGAGUCUUCUUUACGAUAAUAACGGUUUUAAAACUUUCUUUUGCAGUGGAAUGGUAUGGAAUCAAAAUGGGACAAGGUAACGCUUUCACAGUUUACAUCUGGUCGUUUUUCUCGAAAGACAAAUAAACUAAGAUGUCAUACAGAGUUGAAAAUAAUUACUUGUAAUUAAAAGAUGCCCACAGUAAGCAUUUGUAAAUUACUUACUUUUAAUUUUUCCUUUGGGUUAUUUUUGUCUGAUUUUCAGAUCGGCGAAGUAGUUGGAUCCGCAGGAACAGAGGGCGCUGCUAGGCAAACCCAAAAGCAAAUGUAUAACGGAAAGGUACCUUUGUCUACUGCUAAGCUGAGAUACUACUGACUCAGAAGUGCUUUUUACUCUCGCGUACCACGGGUAAAAAAUUAAAAAAAAAUCAACAACAGUCCAAAUUCCAUUCUGUAUUAUAUGUGUUUUAGAGGUUACUUUUGAAUGGUCAAACCGCAGGAGCUUGCAACAUGUAUUCUUUUGUAAUUGAUCAUGAGAAAGAGAUGAAAAUUCAGCUGUUAAAUGCGGUUAUGUUACGGGGGCUAGGGCCCCUAUUCAAGCAAAUAUGAGAAGAUAAGGCAAAUGUUUCUCUGCGGAUUCAAAAAUUUUCACGUCCACACGUAUCCCUGUUCAAAUCGAAUUUGUCCGUCCACACGUAUCCGACACGUAACCGAAUUCAUUCUACUACCCAGAACUCCUUUGGGAAUAUUGGCAACAGAGCAUGUGUCGUAAAGCGCGCGAAAUUUGCGUCUAGAAUAAUGGCAGAAUCAGCCCAAAAACAAAGAAAAAUGCGAAGAGCAAGGUUGACUUCUCGACGGUUAAGGGAGGGAACCCUGGAAUGGUUACGUCAUCGGAUGAAAAAAUAUCCGGAUUUAGCAUCCACUCGAUUCCGGACUCAUAGCGUAUUCAAAAAUUUCUACUCUGGAGAGCGAAUUCAAAAAGUUGCGGAUUCGUAUGCCGGAUUCGCCGGAUACAUGUAGACGGGGCCAGAGAAACAACAUGUGUAGUAAAACGAGGCACCCAUCAGGCUGUAGUGAAUAACAUGGGCGCAAGAAGCGGGCAUAAUGUGAAUGAAAGCUUGAUCGCGGGAACUUCACUACUAAAGCACUUUAUUUUAACUCCCCUUAAGUGGACGCGGGCACCCUUUUCACGGUCUGUAGAUCCUAAAAUAACCUCCCUUAUGAAACAAAUCAAGACAAAAAUCCACUAUAAAAAAAUCUCAUAUCUUCUUUGUUUAAACACAAAAUGAAUUGUAGGAAUGGAAUAGCACAAUAAGUGUAAAUGAUAAGAUUUGCUUUCCAGUUCCUUAUAGCGCUUAAGGUUUAUCUAGACUCCUUCCCCUUGUCCUGAAGAUGUCCACCAGCAAGUCUAGUAUUGGCUGGAUCUUAUAAACUGUUUUUUUUUUUCAGGAAUACGAUUUCGUUUUCGACGUUGAAAUACAAGAAGGAGCUCCUCGCAUGAAACUACCGUAUAAUUUGACUGGUAUGUAAAGGAUGUGCUGUUUUAUUUGUAACCCCUUUGUGAAGUAACUUUGGAAAUGACGUUGUGGAGGCGAACGUGGCCGAGAGGUUUAACACCUCGAUCUCUGGAUCUGGAGGUGCGGGGUUCAAGCCCGUCGCGUUGUUUCCUUUGACAAGGAACUUUAUUCCACUUUGUCUUUCUUCACCCAGGUGUAUAAAUAGGUGCCGGCGACAUACUGCUGGGGGGGCAACCCUGCGGAGUAGGAAUAUUCCUAGGUACUCUUCGUGCUAAGGAAUCCAGGAUAAGCUCCGGCCAUUUGGGCCUUUGCGUCGUGUGCGCCUUAACCUUUUUUUACUUUGGAAAUGACGUUAACCUGGCAGUUUUAGUUAAUUCCUUUUUUUUGUGUUUUAAAGAUGAUCCGUGGAUGGCGGCUCAUCAGUUUUUAGAGCGAAAUGACCUGAGUCAGAUGUUCUUAGAUCAGGUGGUUGACUUUAUUUUAAAGAACACUAAAGGAGUCACAAUAGGACAACAGACACCAGCGGCAGGAGAUCCCUUCACUGGUAUGAAACUACUAACCCCCUCCCCUUUGGGAUGUGCUGUUAAUUCUGCGCAUGUAUCUACCGUCCGAGCUGAAAAUAGUGAGCUUAAGUAACGACGAAAGCGACGGCAGCUAAAACUUCACUUUUCAAAAGUCUUCGCGGUUUUUUUUUUCGAGUUUUUCAACUCCCUUAAAAUGUUAAAUGCAGGUAAAUUUCGCUAGGAUUGAAUUCUUGUAGUCGUGCAGUGACUGCAAAGAAAUGUACCAAAAAAGUUUGCUGCACGUGCAGAGUUGUUGUUUUGUCGUAACUGUCGUCAAAUGACAGUCAGUCUUCGGACUUGUUGCGAAUCUUGGACUUUAUACUAUGCACAGUUUCGAGACGCGUAAUGCAUACUUGAUUGAAUCCGACCCCAUUUCUGUUUUGUCUGAUCAAAAUGAUGACUUAGCCAGACUAACGAAAUUUCAAAAAGGAAAAAUUUUCUGGAAGUCUGCAUCCUCUGUGCUUUAUAUAGGGUACUAAUUGGUAGAACUCCAUCUGACUGUAAAAUAACGUCUUUUUGUCUGAAGUAGUAAGUAAAUUUUUAUUCUUCUGAUAUUGUUUCAGGAGCUGGGCGCUAUAUUCCGGCGGCUGCACCAUCACAAGCUCCAGUUAGUAAUUUCAGUAUGGGUGGAGGAGCAGUUGAUCCUUUUACAGGUAAAAUACACACCAUACUUAGCCUGUUUCUACUAUCUGAACUCGUGGACUCGGCCCUGAAUAACAGUUUUGACUCUACUAACCAAACUGUUUUAUAUCGUGUUGGGUGGAAUCCCUGCCAUUCCAUGUAUGAAUUAAUCCAGUAUAUUUAACAAUUAUUCCACGAGUGCUUGUUGGAUAUGAGAUGGUAGAUAGCCAACUCGGCACUACGCGCCUCGUUGGCUAUCAACCAUCUCAUAUCCAACAAGCACGAGUAGAAUAAUUGUUUUAUUAAAAACGCCCACAAAAUAUCGAGAAUUCUUCCCGACUUUAUUUGUAAAAACAACCGAUUUUCAGCUUGUUUUUAAUUUUGAGCAGACGCGUACAGUUACCAUAUUUGGAGAGUAUGGUACAAUGACGGCUAAGCUAAUCAGAGUUCUAGAAUUACAUUAUCCAUUGAUCCAGUGUUUAAUAAAAUGUGUUAGUUAGAGCACAUACUUGUACACCCUGUGUAAAGGUAUAGAAUCCAGUUUUGACAUUGUAGGUAUAUUACUUACUUUUUCCCCAACAUGUUAGGUGGUGGCAGCUAUAGACCUUCCUAUUCAACUCAACAGACCAACUUGGGAGGAGUGGACCCAUUUACAGGUAUCACAUGUGAUUUACCAAGCCCCUGCUUAUCAUUUGGAGGUCAUCUUUUGAAGCAAUAACAGAGUGAAUAAAUGUCAAAAGUCACUUUGGGGUAACAACUGUGACUUUUGUGAUUUCAAAACAAAACAAAACAAAACAAAACACAAGGAAAGUGACUUUCCUUUCUGUUGUUUUUUUUUUGUGUCGCUGCUGUUUCACUCCCUCCAUAAUCAUGAGUCGUACACAAGUGUAUUUUCGCGAGAUGUGGACAUCUUGCUCUUUCACAGCUACUAGCGUUUUAUGAAGAUAAGGAAAUCACGAGAAAAUACUUUUUUGAAGUAAACUGCCUCCAGAAAUGGAUGUAUUCAUAGUAGCUGAAAAGAUUAACAACAGUCAUUUAAGGCACUUCAUUGGUAUUUAUUUAAUUGUUUAAUUCUCUGUUAGGUGCAAGUAGUUACAGAUCAGGCCAAGCUGGGAAUCAACUCAGUUCACCGAGUAAAAGUUCUACCGUGUCUCAGAACCCUUACUUUCCCAAGGUAAUUUAUAUCUGCUGUUAGAUGCUUUAAAAACGUCUGCUUGGAAGAACGUCCCACCUUGUGUUUCUUUCUCUUGCAGAUGUCUUUUAUAUCAUUUGAUAAUGCUAACGUUGCUGCUAUCGCUGGAAAAUUAAAAGAAUUCAACGAUAGUUUACAAGAGGUAUGGUUGGUGUGUUUACUAUGAUGAAUAGAUACGCGUUUCAGCUUUGUUGGCAAUGUAAUUGGUACGAAGUAUUUUAAUGAUCGCGGAUCCUCUACUUUUAGCAAGUGGAGCAGUGUUAAAAGCCUCUGUUGUGCCAUGAAUCGUGCUGUCGAUCUACCCACCGUUUUCCUGCUUUGCGUGUAUUAUGCUGAUUUAGUUCUGGUUUGUGUACGUUGUGAACCGAAACGCAUCAUACUUGAAGUUGCCAGCGUUGUAUGCUGCCAUUUUGAGCUUUUGAUCCUUAAUUGAACACGGUAUCUGAUAUCGAAUUAAACAUGAUAAAAUUUAACCGAUCCAAAAUUGUUGUCAUAAUUUUCCCCAGUACUGUUUUUUUGUUUGUUUUCAUCUUACUUCUUAGGAUCCGCUUCAGUUAGGAGAGGAUGAACUAAAGAACCUGAUGGGUAAGAAAAAAAAUCUUGUUCCAACCACAAGUUUUGGAAAAACCAGUCAACAAUCAGCGUUUGUGUAAUUAAGUUAAUAAAGUGUGCGGUUGGAAAAAAAAUUGAAAAAAAUGAAAAAAAAAAAAUGAAAAAAGUGUUCGAACCCAGGACGUUCGGUCACUAUCCCACCACUGUACUCUGGCCGGGGCUAAAGUACAGGUCACAUUCCACAGGUCAAAGUACAGGCCCCAGUUGUUGAAAAGGUGGAUAACGCUGUAUGUAUGACCUCCCGUCGGUCGGUUUUACUUAUAACUCCUCGUCUCACCACUUCCUGUUAAAGUAUUCAAAAGUUCUGUUGUCGCUCAAACCUUGCUGAACAUGUCUUUGAUUAUUGUAGAAUUUCUGGAAGACGUGGCAAAUGUGGAUAAAUCUAGGUCACCAAAAGUCGAACAUCUUCCGUCUCUGGUUAAAACCCUGAAAUGGCCACUAAAGGUGCUUUUUCCAGGUAAAGUACAUCGAGGAGAAUUGUUUAAAUUGUUCUGGUAGUGAUUUUACGCUUACAAGAAGCUGCUAAGAAGUUUACAAGCAUUUCUUUAUCUUUCUGAACAGCUUUAGAUGUUCUACGUUUGGCUGUACGAUUUCCAUCCAUUACCAAACUUUGCUGUAGUGAAUCUGAAGGAGACAAUCUCGCGGCUAAGCUACUUUCUUGUGCAAGGUAACUAAAAAAGAUCCUCGUGGACGUAAGAGGAAUACGAAUAACACAUCCCUCCACCCCCCACCCCCCAAAAAGCAGGUGGAAACACAAGAGAGAACUUUGAAGAAGUUUCAAACACUGUGAGAUCGAAUCACCAUCAGUCUCUUCACGAUGUUUCCAUCUUGAAGAGACGAUCAUUUCCAGAUGUUGCUAUCAUUUCUUUUCAGCUACAUAGUUCUUUCGCUUUAUGUUUUCCCCGCUUUGCAUCGUUUGCGUGCUUUUUAACAGGUUUUUGCUCACGUAUUUUACUUGUUCUAUCUAGUAACACCUUUAUUUGUUUCUUACAGAGACGACAAUCCUCAAGCGAACGUGCUUCUGUCAUUUCGAAUAUUCUCUAAUCUAUUUUUGAGCGAUGAAGGCUCUGCUUUAGCAAUGAGACACAGAGAGAAAGUGAGUAUCAUAAACUCAAAAAAAUAUUUCAAUUAAAAAAAAAAACUAUAAAAAAUCUUGGAAUGAAUAAUCCCAGAUUAUGAGUCGGCCGUUAUUCAUUAAUUUAGUUAUUCAGUAAUUCCUAGUCCGAAGUCUCAUCCGUCUGCUCGACCCAGCUGCCGUAGGCGCGGCUGUCGGAGAGACUCUCCCCUCCCUCGCCAGGCCGGCCAUUGGAGGCAGGGGGGUUAGGUGGGGAGGGGAUUACAGUGCUUCUCCGUGCCAUACAAAACACUGACAGGGUGGGGGUGGGGGCUGGGCUUGGAGAGGACUACAGUCCUUCUCGGUGCCAUACGAAAUACUGGGGCUGGGAGGGGAGAGGACUAUAGUGCUUUUUCGUGCCAUACAAAAUGCUGGCAAGGGGAGCUGGGUGAGGAGAGGACUACAGUGCUUCUUCUUGCCAUUCAAAAUACUGGCAGGGGGCAGGGUGGGGAAAGGCCCUACAGUGCUUCUCCGUGCCAUACAAAAUACUUUUAUUAUUUACAUCUCAGUUGAUACGUGCGUGUGGGUGCAACUCGUAAAUUGUGAAAUUUGACCGCAACUUCAUUGAAAGUUUUCCGUCUUUCUAUCUUUUGCUGUGUCUCGUCUAAUUCAUGAUCUAACUGGUCUCGUUAUUUUCUAUAGAUAGUGGAACACUUAAUACCUUGGUGUAAAUGCUCAAACAAGAACAUAAGAAUAUCCUUAUGCACUGUUCUUCUAAAGUAAGUUCCAGCAAUGACAUGAGUUUACUGAGACAUGGAAAUUGGCGCUUUGAAUGCUUGUUCCCGUCAAUAUAAAAACCGACUAAGGACGAAUGUGAAAUAUCUACUGAAUUUUUGCUUUUUUAAUUCUGCCUGGUAUUACGGCCUUGUUUUAGAAAGGAGUCAUCGACAAUCAAUCAUGCAGAAACGUUAGUUAAGCCAGAAUUGAUUUUCUUAGCGCCUUUGUUUGUUUGUUUGUUUUUUUCAGUUUCUCCGUCCUUCUUCGGAAGCAUCCCGACUUUGAAGCUAAAACACAAUGUCUGUCAACUCUAGCGGGCGUAAGUGCAGUACAAUUUGUUGUCCAUCAUUGUUCUGAGCAUCAUCGUUAUCAAUUGAAAAAGACUGAUGUAAUUAUGAUAAUGAUAUUUUGCAGAUCUUGGAAAGUGAUACAGAUAAUGAAGCUAGAUUCAGAUCUCUAGUUGCGGUCGGGACUUUGGUAAGUGUUUGUAGACUGUGACUAGUGAAGCUUCAAGCUGCACUGAUUGUGCUUGAUUGAAGUCUUAGCGGUUUCUGGUUGUUGCAAUCUAAAAGAUAUUUAGACCUAAUUUCACCUGAUAAACACUUGCCAAUGGCAAGCAAAUUUACUAGUUUGAGAAUGCUGUUUUGUUAGUCAGUACAACAUGCGAAAAAAAGGAUAAAACUAUAAGAAAGCAGACGGGGGUAAUGCUCAUAGAAGUCAGGGGAAAUCCCCGGCCCCGGGGGCCCUUGGUGACAGCCCUGCGGCAUACAUGCGGCCACUAAUAGUAGUUGAUCCUAUAAUGUUCUGGUUAUUUGUCCAGAUGCGCUACCACUGAGCUAUAGGAGUCUCGUGGAAGCUUGGGCCAUUGAGCUAGGCACAUGCGACUAACAUUUUACAUCCUGCGGCUAGGGCUGGAAUAUCAAUAGGUGGUAUGUGCGCAAUGAUAGACAUUUGAUGGUGUAAGUCUGGACAUGUUGAAUUGCUUUAAGCCAUUGUUUCAACAAGGUCGGACCAAUCAUGGUGACCUUCUCAUGUAGGAGAAGUGACAGCGGCCUUUUGCCAGUGAACAGAUGAAUACACAGUACCACUGACUCGUAUGAUAUACAGAAUAUAUAUUUUAAAGCACGGUUUUUUUUGCUCCUUUUUGCCCUGCGCGUCUUUCGCGCAUGUCUCACUUAGCCUAAAGGAAACGGAAAGGACUGCUACGCAGGCUAGCAAAUCGACAAGAAUCGAACACACGACCAUUGGAGCUUUGUAUGGGUUUGCACUUGGGCAGUGUAUAUGUUAUCAGCUUUUAUUUGUCUUGCAAUGGAAAAGCAAAUGCAAUUCAUUAAAUCAGCACUUCAGCAUUGUUUAGUAAUAACUAAUUAAAAUGAUUUUAUUUGCAGAUCUGGGGAGAUUCAGAUGCCCUGUCUUUAGCUCAAUCAUUAGGAAUUCAAAGUUCAUUGAAAUCUCUCACUAGUAUUACGGAUCCUCCUAAGGUAUUAUUGCAAAUGAUAUCUUCUUACACGUACCUGUAUAUUUAGCCAAAUGCGGAGCCUGAAACGAGGAAAGGAUAUUGCGUGUGUGGUACAUGUACAGUGUGUUGAUUGUCAUCCUGAAUUUAACGGAGCGCCCGGCAACCGGUUGGAAAGGGUAGAACGAUAGACUAUUUGCGGGCCUUUUUUUGCUUUUCUCUGUGUUCGCUUUGUCCAGACGCCGUUGACCGCGCAUAGAUCGCUUUCCAGUGGGUUAAACAAUGUCUGAGAUAAAUCCAAUGAGUAGUGAGAGCCAGGUAGUUACAUCUCUGGCUGCUGACCAUUCCAAAAAAUUACAUCAAGAGUAUUUGUUAUUUUACGUUUUCUUUAACAGGUUGGAGAAUGUGCUUCGAAAGUGUUAGCCGCCUUAGAGGAUUAAAAUAACCAGCUUUUGAGACGUCAGCUUGUGGUUACCUAACGAAUGCAAGAGAUCGCGGCAACGAUGUUAGGAAGCCGAAUAAUUCAGUUGCUGCUUAAAGAUUUGCGGUUUAUCCCAAUCGCCUUCUCCAUGGGUCAGAUGUGUUUAGCAUUUUUAUGCAUUCUUAUCUUAGUUCGUUUAUUAAGGCGAACUGCCAGUUUACGCUCAGCUAAUGAAAUACUUGUAUGUUGGCUCAUAAAACAAGGAUCAAUAAAAAAAUCGGGAAACAGCUUCGCUGGGACGUUAACUGUGACAUGCAUUGUUGCUAACGAAAGAAUUAUAAAACCUGCGUUGCCUAGUCUACUCUGUAGUCACUGUAUUGCUGUGUUUAAGGCCCGUCGUUGUUCGAAUUCGUCAGUUGGAUAUGGCUUUGAGAAUAUGUUACGGUGACGUCGGCAAAAAAAGCCAAACACUGCGAUUUCUUUUUCUAUAUACUGGCCAUAAUGUAACUAUUUUAUUGUCUUAAAAGAACUGACUCCGAAAUAAAACAAGACCUUUAAACAUAGCUUAUCAGUCCUUUUUACUUUCUAUCCUA